AUGGCUCAACUUGACUUGGGUCGAGCCACCCUCCGAAUUCGAGAUUCACCAUUGCAGCUUCACAUAUUCGCAACGGCCAACCUUUCCCAGUUACAGAUUCGAGACAAAACAACACCUCCCAGAGAGACUACUCAAUUAUUUGAUCCGAAGGACGUUUGGAUAACGGGAGCACCCGAGAUGCAGCUACGCUUCUUCCUUGGCUAUGAUUGGAGGUUGAGGAGUGCAGUCAACAUACUGGCUACCACAUUGAGAGCCAAGCUUGAUGCACUCGAGGCAGGUUCUCGAAACAAAGCGUGGGACUACCUUGCUAAUCAUCAGGUUCAGGUCUGGUCGGAGCUCGGAUUCUCGGCUGUACUCAGCACGGGGGGUGUUGGGGAAACCGAUAUCCCUGGAAAAUAUACCUUGAGUAUUGGCCUGCGCAAACAGCAUCCGAAGCAAGACCACAAAAGGCACUGGACUCUUCCUACCGUGAUGGUUAAACCACCAGACAUAUCACCACUUCGGGACGUAUCAACGGCGACGUUGGUUUCAGUUGAUAUCUCAUUGGAAUACUGCUUCCACAAAGGAGAGCUUUCUCAGGCCCCAAACCCCUUCAUGUCUAAAGUUGAAACCGCCUGCAGGAACCCUUUGUCCGUCUCGUCAUCUGCUUUUGAGCUUGAGCUCCAGGCAAUGGCGGAAGCAAGACUUCCAGAAGCGAGGUCUGAAUCCACCUGGCUCGAAGAAAUGCUCCCCGAUGCGUUGUUUCAACACCUUGGGCUGCAAGUCCAACAGAAACCAGCAAUUGAACCGGCAAUUCCUCCCGGGGCUCUCCAAAGACUCUUUGAGCUCGGACUCAGACGGUUGAUGAUACCAAACAAGAUACGAGACCCAGAAAUUUGGGUGUCAGAUGGAGCUUCCCUCAUCAGCCUUGCGGAUUUUGCCCCCGUGGUGUUUAAACUAGGACACCAAGAGGCAAUCAAUCAGCGAGGGGUGACCAUGCCAAUCAUCACCAAAGCGAUUUCAGCUAUGCUCAAAGGAGGUCAGAAUCCCUCCCUCCAAGCCCAACUCACAAGCUCCAUGGAGUCGUCUCAUUCUACAGAACUUCCUCUCCAUGAAAUCGAUUCCCAAGGGACAUAUCUGAGGACUGCGAUUCACUCAAAACUUUGGAAUAUUGCCCAGAAAAGUACAAGCAAGCCAAAACCACUCACACAGAAAUCAUUCCUGCUUCCUGCAAGCAACGUCGACACAUAUACUCAUGAGACAGAAAUGACCACAAUUCCCAUGCCUGUGGGUCAGAAAUCCGACAGGAUAAUUUCUGGUGCCAACACAGGCCACCAAGUCCACCCAGAUGAAGCAUAUGAAGGAGAUUCUCCAAGCUUUCUGCGUGAGUCUCACUGCCCGAGCGAAACCGAGGAACAGCUGUUGGACAACUACAGCGACAGCAGCUUCAUGGACCUCGGUGAAUCAACACAAAGCUCCCUCGAUACUUUGUUCUCAGCCGCUCCUUCUUCUCAAACCACUGGGAGUAACGAAGAAGCAAUGCUCUUCUCGGAUGACCAGGAUGUGGCAGAUUGUAGAGAGUUUAUUAUGGAAUAUCCAUAUUCUGCGGAGAAUAUAGGAUCUUGGGAUUCAGAUCUCAUCAUGACGGAUGAAGUAUAA